AUGUCGACCCUACUACGGAAGGUCAAGUCGACCAUCAACGCCACAGCAUUGGAUCCACCAAGUAGUAGGAACGCAGACACGUUGGCGACGAGAAGCCGACCGCAGAAAGUACCAUCUGAGUGGCGGCCUGAGACAUUUCUCGACCCAUCCCUCGUUUCUAACAAUCCCGCACGUCAGAGCCAGCCUGAACACCCCCACGCAUUGACCCAGUUUCGCAGACGACUCAGCAGAAAAGCCUCGACCUUCAGCCUUCGGACGAAACGUUGGAAAGCUGAGCUAAGAGAACGGAGACAGGAGGGAAAGAAGGGCGAGGAAUCCAAUCUUGCUCAACGCUUCCAAGACGAUUCUGUGCAGCCGGAGGAAACCCACGACAAAGCCUCAGUCAACCAGGUUGCUGACCGCGACCGUCGAUCCUUUAUCGUUCCUGACACCAAGUCUCAUCCUGCAGCGUCGGCACCUGUAUCCCAGACACAAGGAGAAGACGCAACGCCGAUUACCGUAACCGAAGCUUCCUCACUUCCUCAAUUUCUACAAGACUUCAUCCGCAAGACACAAGAAGGCUACAUUUGCCUGGAUCAGGAGGGAGGGAAGAUUUCAGCUAAGAUGGCCUCCGAGCAUACUUCUGCGCCGCCUGUACCUUACACUCGUCUUAAGGAGAUAACAGAGAGCACCUACCAGGCAUGCGAGGCCGCUCUUGCAGGUGUCCAAGCAUAUUCGCAUCCAGAUACAGAAUCAUGGAACACGACUAUUAUCAAUAGCAUUCUGGGCGCCCUGGUCGAGGAAACGACACAGAAGGCGACCGCUUCUGGAUCGGGGACAGGUCAACCUCAAUUCAAGUAUGUCGUCAACAGCACAAUCAUACAGCAUGCGGCUGCUCCGUCAUCGUCCAGCGACGAUACCAAGAAGACAAGUGGUCGUCGGGGUAUGCAUGCAGCCAGUGGAGCGUAUUGGAACAACGAAAAGGAUGGCAUGUGGAGUUACAAGUAUCCCGGUGCGGACAGCAAGGGGCUAGAUGUGGUCGUCGGCAUCAUCUGGGUCUGGGUUGGGUAG